GUUGGAUAGCCCUAGUAAAAUUUUGCAGCAGCGUGAAUAACAACUCCUUAUUAUAAAUUAUUCACAAUAAUAUUUAUAAAUUUGUGAAAUACCAAAAUCGUCCCAAGUCAAAAGUGACCAGCAUGUAGCUGAAAAAGUAGUGAUAAUCCAAACGUUGCCUCACUAUUGAGAACUUGCGGAAUCACAAAGCGCAAAAGCUGAGCGGCGAGAGAAUUGAAGGACAAGACACUCUCGUCGCGUCUCAACAUUCAUUCGAAUUCACAGAACGGUUAAUUUGGGAUUCGAUGGCGGCAAAGUUACAACAAUUGCAAUCCAAGGUGCGUCAAGCGUCGCAAUUUGUGGCCAAGCAUGGAACUGCUUACCACAAUCAGUUGAUGGAGCAGAAUAAGCAUUACAUUCAGCAGCCACCUACCGUGGACACAUUGAACCUGUUGUCCAAGCAGUUAUUCUACACUCGCCUUGCUAGCAUUCCUGGUCGUUACGAGACAUUUUGGAAGGAAGUUGAUUAUGUCAAGAAUAUGUGGAAGAACAGGCAGGAUUUGAAUGUUGGUGAUGCCACCACUGCUGCUUUGUUUGGGCUGGAGUGCUUCGCGUGGUUUUGCGCAGGAGAGAUUGUGGGAAGGGGAUUUACAUUCACCGGUUACUAUGUCUAAACAUUAUCACUCGAGUGAAAGUGUUUUGGGGAGAUUGAUAUUUACUAGUGUUUCAUCGUUCUUAAGGUGAUUUGAGUCAACUGGAACUCUAUAUUCUAGAUUUCAUUUUUCUGCAAAAUUUUUCUAAGAUGAGGAAUCAGUGGGUAUGUAUUGUUGCCUUAAUAAUCCACAUACAAUUUUACCGUCACUUUAACACUGUAGUUGUUGUUUUCCUCA